CAAUGGAAGACGUAAAAAGCUUUCUAUCGACAUGCUUCAUGCAUAUUGGAUCCCGCCACCCAGGAAAAUUGGCUAUCUAACAAGAAAAGUAUGCUCCGACAUCAGAGAUCUGACUCUUCUCUCUCAGAUUGACGCUCUGGAAUUCCUGCACAGUCAUGGCUAUGUUCAUUCAAACAUAAAGUCAGAUAACAUCGUCCUUGGACUGCCAAAUCAAGCCCCGGUUCAUUUGUUAGACUUCGGUGAAGCCCGUCGUUACCCACAAGGUGACAUCCCCAUCGCUCACAGAAAUGCAAGUAUUGGAAGUUCAGCUUUCACUUCGAGAGACAGACACAAUCGUCUAAUCACUAGACGUGGCGAUCUUGAAAUGCUUGCAUACAACGUCGUUCAUUUGUUGACUGGCCACUUGCCAUGGGAGGAUGAGAUGGAUUAUGAAGAGGUCGCACGAAAAGAGAACAAAUCAAUGGAAGACGUAAAAAGCUUUCUAUCAACAUGCUUCAUGCAUAUUGGAUCCCGCCACCCAGUAAUCACUAGAUGUGGCAAUCUUGAAAUGGUUGCGUACAACAUCGUUCAUUUGUUGACUGGCCACUUGCCAUGGGAGGAUGAGAUGGAUUAUGAAGAGGUCGCACGAAAAGAGAACAAAUCAAUGGAAGAUGUAAAAAGCUUUCUAUCAACAAGCUUAAUGCCGACAUGCUUAUUGGAUCCCGCCACCCAGAUGGAUGUGAAGGUCAAAAUAAAAAUGGUAUAA